UUAGACCGCAACAAGAAGAUUUCGACGAACAACGCAUUAGAUGUGCAUGAGACGCGUCUCCACCACCGCUGAUUGAUGAUAAUGGUUGACAAUAUAUAUGACAGGGUCUCGCUGUUUUGACUGCUGCUCCCUUCCCCUCCCUCCUUCCCCUCCCUUCAACUGGUGCUGCAGCGCGGUUCCAGUACACGACACUGCGAAAUAGUUAUCGCUGAGCGAUUAUCAUGAGCACUGGUUGCGCUCCCGUUUUGACAGUCACGUCUUCCGUUCGUCGUGAAAGGGUCGAGACCACGCUUCGCCAUCACGAGUCUGGUGCAGCCGGGCAAUCUUUGGCUACUUCAACAUUAUAUGUUGCGACACUGUGGGCGUAUCUGCCUGUAGUUUCAGCGGCCGAAGUCUGUCACACCACUGAUUCCGGCGACAACGUAUGCAAACAGCGGAUAUCGACGGCUGUCAAGGUGGCCAUCGGUGUUGUCGUCAUCGCCGUGUUUCUCCUUGCUCUAGGGGUGUUCUACUUCAUUCGCCGCUCCCGCAGUAAGAGACAAGAAGAAGAAUCUUCUGGCUUUGACAUCGAGCCUAGCCAGAUUGAAGGUCCUCGAGCGACUGCGGCGGUGUCCUUGCCGACGACGACCUACGCCGCCAAAUAUGAUCCAUCAUCAGCACCGGUCCGUAUGAGUUCGCCGAGUGUGUCAGGGAAGAGUAAGAAGAUAUUUGCAAAUUUGAGGCAGGGACCCAGUACGGCUCCGACGGGUCGUUCAUAUCCUUUCGAGGGGUACUCGUCAAAGAACCCUCCGCCCCGCUCAUUGCCUACUACUGGUGCAAAGUUCUAGACUAUAUCCUCCUCCUCCUGGACUUGUUUCCUGUCUCAUCACAGCCCCUAUUUUAAACUUCCACCGCAACUAUAUCAUUGAUGGUCAUCUUUAAUUUCAAGUUUGUCUGAGCAGUGGCUAGUCCAAGCAGGAAGGACCAUUCUUUCG